CCGGAAGUAUCCUAUUAUGGCAUGGUGGCUCUCACAUAAACUUCCGGUAGGGUGUGAGCUUGAAGCGAAGUCUCAACCAAGAAUCAAAAGGCUAAUAAAGGCUGUUUUUCUUUUCCAUUCCUCUUUUCCAAACGUAAAAUGUCCAAGUCUUUGAAGAAGAUAGUGGAGGAGAGCCGGGAGAAGAACAUCCCAGAGGUGGAGAUGUGCGACAGGGGCAUUUCGAACAUGCUGGACAUCCCAGGACUAUUCACUCUGUCUAACAUCACUCAACUGGUCCUCAGCCACAACAAGCUCACAGCGGUGCCUGCUAACAUCUCUGAGCUGAAGAACGUGGAGGUCCUUAACAUGUUCAACAACCAGAUUGAAGAGCUGCCGACUCAAAUUAGCAGUCUUCAGAAGCUGAAACACCUAAACCUUGGUAUGAACCGUCUGAGCAGCUUGCCCAGAGGAUUUGGUUCAUUGCCAGCUCUGGAAGUGUUGGACCUCACCUACAACAACCUGAACCAGAACUCCCUGCCAGGAAACUUCUUCUACCUCACCACUCUUCGUGCUCUCUAUCUGAGUGACAACGACUUCGAGGUCCUGCCUGCUGACAUUGGGAAGCUGACCAAGCUGCAAAUAUUGAGUCUGAGGGAUAAUGAUCUGAUCUCGCUGCCUAAGGAGAUAGGGGAGUUGGCUCACCUCAAAGAGCUUCACAUCCAGGGCAACAGACUGACUGUCUUGCCCCCUGAACUUGGUAAUCUGGAUCUGACUGGUCCUAAACAGGUGUUCAAAGCAGAGAAUAAUCCCUGGGUUACUCCCAUUGCAGACCAGUUUCAGCUGGGUGUCUCUCAUGUUUUUGAAUAUGUUCGCUCAGAGACCUAUAAGUAUCUCUAUGGCAGACACAUGCAGGCCAACCCAGAACCUCCAAAAAAGAGCAAUGAUAAGAGUAAGAAGAUCAGCCGCAAACCACUGGCAGCCAAGAACAAAUAAUAAGAAGAUUGAAAAUGGAAAUGAAAGCUUGCUCAGCCAGCCAACCUCACUGCAUGUGCCUUUAUUCUUCUUUCUGUUUUGUUAAUAAAAACUGUAUCACAUGGAAAUGUAUCAGUUAGGUUUCUAAAGUAAGAUUAUAUUUCUAUGUAGUGUUAAACACUGUUUGGACUGUAUUCCACCAAAUCCAUAUGGAUUUUUUCUUUUUUUUUUUUUUUUUUAUUCAACUCAAGUGUUUGAAUCUUGGUGCUACUUACUUAAAGUGCUUGGGCAUAGAGGUGAUUAUUAGUAACACAUAUAACAACCAGAUUAGAGGUAAUAGAAGCAAAGUUAACAAUAUAUUGUAACAUAUAUAUAAUGUCAUCCUUAGAAAGAAGAAGACACUCACUUUAUAUGAGAUCUGCAACUGAGGUAUUCCGUUCACAUAACCGGUAGACAUUGGCACACCAGCUAGAAUGGCUCAGAACCUCGUUCAACUUUCAUGACCCACCCUACUCUGCCUCUUAUUGGCUUACCAUUACACUCAUACCUGAACCCUAACCAGUCUCACCCUUCAUGCCUAAACUUAACCAACCAAACUAAAUUGGGGCACAGAGCAAACUGUGGGUCGGACUUAGAAAGGGUCAUUUGUGAUCAUUCCAUCUCUGAGAGCAUCCUGAGACUAUGUUCAGGUGUUCCUGUGUUUGUACUACAUUGUAUCUCCAUUUCCACUUUAUAUUUGUUUAGUUGUUUUAAAAAGCUUUACCAAGUUGUCUAUCACAUUUCAGCCUGUAUCAAAAAUGAAUGUAAUCAAUAAAAAAAAUACAAAAAACAUGCUUCAAGUCAUGCUUUUAUCACAGGCUCUCUGUAUCGAAGGUUUCAAAUAAAACAAUCACAAUGUU